CAGUAUUUGAAUAAGGAAGAUGGCGGCUGCAGCAGUGGUUGAGUUUCAGAGAGCCCAGUCUCUCAUUAGCACGGACCGCAACGCCUCUAUCGACAUUCUCCACUCAAUAGUGAGGAGAGAUGUUCAAGAGAACGAUGAGGAAGCUGUCAGGGUUAAAGAACAGAGCAUCCUGGAGCUGGGGACACUCCUGGCCAAGACAGGACAGGCUGCAGAAUUGGGGGGUCUGCUGAAAUUUGUGAGGCCCUUCCUGAUUUCCAUCAGCAAGGCCAAAGCAGCCCGGCUUGUCCGCUCUCUGCUGGACCUUUUUCUUGACAUGGAGGCAGCAACGGGGCAAGAGGUAGAGCUGUGUCUCGAAUGCAUUGAGUGGGCCAAGGCUGAAAAGAGGACCUUCCUGCGACAGGCUCUGGAGACACGGCUGAUCUCACUCUAUUUUGACACCAAACGAUACCAGGAGGCCUUGGCGCUUGGCUCCCAGUUGCUCCAGGAGCUGAAAAAGAUGGAUGACAAGGCUCUUCUGGUAGAGGUUCAGCUGCUAGAAAGUAAGACGUACCACGCUCUCAGUAACCUGCCCAAGGCCCGCGCAGCCCUCACCUCAGCCAGGACCACCGCCAACGCCAUUUACUGUCCCCCGAAGCUCCAGGCAGCACUGGACAUGCAGUCAGGGAUCAUCCAUGCAGCAGAGGAGAAGGACUGGAAGACGGCCUACUCCUACUUCUUCGAGGCCUUCGAGGGCUACGACUCCAUCGACAGCCCCAGAGCCAUCACAGCACUCAAAUACAUGCUUCUGUGCAAAAUUGUGCUCAACUCACCAGAGGAGGUACAAGCCCUGAUCAGUGGUAAACUGGCCCUGCGAUACGCCGGCCGACAGACAGAUGCACUGAAAUGUGUUGCCCAGGCCAGCAAGAACAGAUCAUUAGCAGACUUUGAAAAGGCCCUAACAGAGUACAAAGCAGAGCUGAGGGACGACCCAAUCAUCAACACUCACCUGGCCAAGCUGUAUGACAACCUGCUGGAACAAAACCUCAUCCGGGUCAUUGAACCAUUUUCCAGAGUACAGAUAGAACACAUAUCGGGUCUAAUCAAACUGUCAAAGGGGGAUGUUGAGAGGAAAUUAUCACAGAUGAUUCUGGACAAAAAGUUUCACGGAAUCCUUGACCAAGGUGAAGGCGUCUUGAUCAUAUUUGAAGAGCCCCCAGUGGACAAAACAUAUGAAGCAGCCUUGGAAACAAUUCAGAACAUGAGCAAGGUCGUGGAUUCACUUUACAACAAAGCCAAGAAGCUGACAUAGAGUAGAUUGCCACGGCAGUGCGAUGGAGGAACUGUGUGUGUUUGACCAGCGUGUGUAACAUUUUAAGAAGGGGACAAGGGAGAGCAACAAAAAGUCCCACAAACUGCAACAAACAGGAUUCCCCCAUCAAACUCCCCCUCCUCUCCCUCAACGGACAAUUUCAUCACUUCUUGUUUUUUUUUUUGUUUUUUUUUUCCACUUUAAUUUUGAUAUCUCUUCAGGAUUCUGUAUAACACUCAGCGGCCAAAUCAGGCCAUCAGGGAAUAUUGUACAACCACAAUAAAAAGAUUAAAAGGUUUAAGAAUACAUAUAUGUUUAUAUCUGGUUGGGCUUUCCAAGCCUUAAGCUGACUCCACCGCAACCUCAAAGGUGCAACAUUGACCUCUGUGGCCUCAGACUCUGCCACCAACUGUGUGUGCAGAAAUGAGGCUUUCUCCUUGUCCAUAUCUUUCAGAAGCACACUGUUCAGUUUUUGGAAGGUUGGGAUACUCCUUAGGAUACUGAAUUAUGGUCAGAGAGCUCCCUCUAGCUCUCCUUUUCUUUUUCCUCAUCAUAUCAAUGCCAACAGUUAUGUCCCCACUGUAUUUCAGAUAUGUAUUAAACUCUAUUUGUUUUUGGUUUUGUGUUUAUUUUUUCUCUCUUAAAAAAAAAAAAAAGAAAAUCAGAUGGUUGCCACAUUUCUGCCCCUCCUGCUUACGUAAGUUUAUAGAACAGACAGGAU